GCCAUUCUCGGGAUCUGUGUUUCUCGCCUUGCAAGACUUGCUGUUCUUCAAUGUUGGAUUGCACACAGCCUGUAACUGGCGCGUCAAGGUGACCUUGCGUUGUGCAUAGCUCGUUCCAUUCGCUAGGGACCUUGAAGCCCAACAUAGCCGAGACGGCUCCGCAUGCUACCUCAGCCAUGAUCUCGCGGGAAAAUGUACGCAAUUCUCUUUCAUUCACCUUCUUCCAGUUCCGAAACCCGCGUCGAGCUCAUUGAUGGAAAACAAUACGACGACCCCGGGCCCUUUACUCUUUAACGACGUUUAUUCAAGUCGUUGGGAGGCGCUGUCCCCGGCUCUUGGUACUGCAUUCUUCCCCUUUCGCCGCCUUCCUGUCGAACUACGCCUGCAUGUCUGGCUGCUCUCCCUCCAGCGGUACCGUAUGAUUGAGGUCGAUAUCUCUAGUCGUACCGACGAUGGCGUGGCGAAUAGCCUCGAGUCUCGCUGUUACAUCGACCCCAAUCAUCUUGGUCGGGUCAUUAGCGGGGGGGGCUAUACACUUGCGCUUCGGGGCCACGAGUCUAAAACGACACCCUUAAUUCUUCAAGUCAACCGCGAAGCAAGGGGGGCGGCGCUCAGCUUCUAUCAAAUCCAUCUACCUUUCCCAAAAUGGCAGUAUAGGGAGCAGGUACUUUACCUGAACCCAAAGUACGAUGUUGUAUUUGUCCGACCUCGGCGUCCCAAAACCCCUCCCGGCUGGAAUUCGAUGAACCCACGUCCCGAGCCUAAAUUUGCAAAUCUACUCGUCGACCUCCUGCAUGAUGCAAGAGCCUAUGACUACAAAGACCAAGGGGUCGCCCACCUCGCACUUGACCGAGAUUAUUUCUCCUUCUUGGUCGACCGGUUCACGGGAGAGGUACACCUAACUCCAGCAAGCCUCCAUCCAGUUGCGGCAGCGUCGUUCACCGAGAUCCUCCGCAAUAAACUCCAUUCUCUACUCCAGGUUAUCCAUUUUCGGAAUAGUAAAAGGGGCCUCGGCGAGUUCCCAGCACCCGGGUGGAACUUCCACUUCGCUCAAACAUUCCCUCUCUGUCGGCGAGGCAACCCGAUAGGCAGUUUCCACUGGCUUCCAGCCGACCCGCGACCAGGCAUCGAGAUUGACCUCCGCCAGGUCCCACUCGGCGUUGAUCCCCGCGAUAGUUGGCGUGGUUGGUGUCAACUAGAACACGCAUUCGGAAUUGCACAGCGAGCCACUGGAGGGAAGGACGGUAAUAAGUCCCGCUUUUAUAUCUGCCCUACCCAGUUUUGGCCCGACACGGCCGACACUCAGGAGCAACAAGAGGAAGUAUGGUCCCGAGGCGAGCUAGUACAGUUCCUGGAUCGCGAGGCCGAGAGUUGGCUCCAGGAGCGGCAGUUCUUCGCGGGUAUCUACGGUUCGACCCCGCCCAAGUAUGGCUACGAGUCUGAGACCGAAAUGUUGGAGGCGAUGGAGAAGCUACCUUGUACGGCCAUUGGUAUGUGGCUCUUCCCUCCCGAGGCCUUCAAGGAGCCCACCAAUCCCCAACGAGUUUGUUUCGACGUCAGGACUACUCGCCCUGGCCUGUUUCUAUUUGAGGUUUGACGACGUCUUGUUUCCUACCUUGGCAACGCUACCGGCGAGCACCGAGGUAAACACCACCAGGGGUCAGCGGCUCGAUCUUGAUGGGAUUCUCGACAAGGUGCUAGGGAGGAGAGUCGCUGGGCCGCUCGGUCUUGUGGUUAUCUUGUACUCUCAGGCUUGUUCGAGCUCCUUGCUCCUGCCACCAUAGGCGUGCUUAAAGACGAGGAUGAUGUAUAGUGCACAAUGCAAUCUGCCGGUAUGGUAAUACUCCCCAG